AUUUCAUCCGAGCGCCAGUGAUUCCUAUUGUUUUGCGCAGAAGGAGGAAGUCCAAGUGUCCCAUCUUCCGCCUCCAUUUUUUACAUCGGCUUUCUUCUCACUUGUGGUCACAAUCAUCGUCGCUUCUAGACUUGCGCCUUCCUCGCCUCACUGUAACAAAUACGAGGCAGAGUGGGGAGGGAGAUGGCCCACCAGAGUCAAUUCACGCCGUCGACAACAAAGCACGCGCCAUCGUCGUCAGAGAUGCACCUCGCCGAAGACGAGGCGGCUGUCCUCCUCCUUGGCUUGCGAGGGAGUGGAGGCCCGGCUUCCUCAUCUUCUUCGCCACAGCCGCAGCCGCAGUCGCAGCCAUCGUCGUCGUCUUGCUCAGGGGACAGCGCUGUUGCAUCGACGAGUAAGGUCAAGCUUGAUGAAACGGAGCCGCUUCCCAAGUCUUCGGGCUCGCCGUGUGCUACACCCGUACGGGUCAUUGAAGGGCGCAUGAGGCGGGCAUCACUGACUAGGAGCCAGUCCGACGAAGAUGAACGUCGGGUUCGAGGCCGGAAAAGCGUUAAGGAGGAAGACGGGAAGAGGACAGACGAGGAGGAAGAGGAAGGAGACACUUCAAGCAGUGCCGAUGCCCAUCUCCGACGCGGUUCCCGACACAGGAAACAGGUGGAGCGGCCCAACAUGGUCAAGACGCCUGGCGCGGGGCUUUACAAGGGCACUUCGCACCGCAAGAGGCACAGCGGCGGACACGCGAGGGGCUCGACGGCGGCCGCCAAGGCGGAGUUGAACGGGAGUAAGGUGAAGAAAGACGUCGUGGACAAGCCUGAGGGGCAAGGAUCCAUUGCCGGCAUGGUAGUAGGGGGAGGAAUAGAAGAUGCCAGGGUAAGGGCUUUGCACGAGGCAUCGAUAGACGGCGACGACAGAACCGAGAGAAAACCGGUUUUAGAGAAUGGAGGCGGCGCGCAUGGGCCGAAGAUACCGGUCAGGGCAGGGGAAAGUGGGCCAGAAGACCGACCAAUUGCAAAGGUUGCCCUUCAGGCUGAGGACGCGAAACCCAUCUUCAUCAAGAGGGAAUUUGUUCCUCCAAGACCGCUGCGCGUCAAGCAGGACCAGGGUCUCUAGUCUGUCACACCUCUCUGAUUCUCAGACAUGAUAAUAAAGGGUCGCUGUUGCCUUCUUCUCAUAUUGAAAGUCUCCGCCGUAGCAGAGAUGCUCCUACUUUGGUCACACAAGACAAUUCUGGGCGACUCAAUAAUCAACG